AUGGGAGAACUGAAAGCUGUCAAAUAUUCCGAAGGAAUGGAAAAGGAAUUACUCGUGGAAAACAAGCUGCUCAGAAAAGACCUAAGAAACCUUGUUGGUUACAUAACACCAUAUAUCCCGCUCAUUGGAAUAUUAAGUGCUGGAAUUAUUGUCGGAAAACACGUUGUCAUUGCUAAGGUAAGCUGUCCGGAGAAAAAGGAAUAAAUUAACAUUUUUAAUGAUAAAUUUUCAUUAAAAAUGUUUUAGCAAAAUGAAUUAGUAAGGUCAUUGAUGUCGGAUUUAGUAAUGUUAAAAUUGUAAAACAUGGCGUUAAGCAGAAUGUUAUCAAGAUUAAAAAUUGCUCCCUUAAUGUUAACAUUUUUUUUUCUAAAAAAAUUAAGAUCAUGUUUUUUGUGUUUACACAGAAAAAGGAAUAAAUUAACAUUUUUAAUUAUAAAUUUUCAUUAAAAAUGCUUUAGCAAAAUAAAUUAGUAAGGUCAUUGAUGUCGGAUUUAGUAAUGUUAUGAUUGUAAAACAUGACGUCAAGCAGAAUGUUAUCAAGAUUAAAAAUUGCUCCCUUAAUGUUAACAUUUUUUUUUCCUAAAAAAAAUUAAGAUUAUGUUUCUUGUGUUUACACCAGAAAUCCUUGUUUAUUCCCUUACGAUAUGCCCAUUCCAUGCAUGUUUUGCAACGUUUCUGCCACGGUCGUGCCUUUGGUUUUGAACGUAGUUAGUUUUUCCGGAAUAAUGUUCGAACGUAUUUUCUCUAACCAUGGUUUUAUUUGCUGUAGGAAAACGUUACCUUUAAAUAUCAAUCUCAAAAGCUACGUAACCAUAUCGCUCUAGCGCAACCAGCUGCGGAUGAUCGACAUCUUCCUUCAUUUCCUCAUGCUCCAGGGUAUCCGAUUUGGAAUACCAUUCCAAAAGAUCCGUAG